UAAAGUCAACUACAGCCGCGUUCUUGAUUGAUUGAAAUUUUGUUGUUUCAGGAGGAAAAAAAACGCUGGUAGUCAGCGUGGGAAAAACAUACAAAGGAAAACGUUGGAUGGCCUUUAUUUCGACUGUUCAACCUCAUCCCGAGCUUGAAAUGAACUGAAUAUGGUCGUACAAGUCCUACGGGACAUUGCAAUCUCUAGAAGCACAAAAACGCUGUUGGCUGGUCUUUGUCCACAAUUUGCCCAAAAUAUAGUGUAGAAGACGAAACACCUAACCGCCAUGUGUCUUUACAAUAACAGCAAUCAGUUCACAACAUGAGCAAAGCUCAUUGACACAUUGUUGAGCCGAUGCUAGCUAGCUCUAAACAGCAACAUGUAACCUGAAACGUUUGUAUUUCUUCUUCUCGGUAUGAUCACUUUGUAAGCAAAUCAAAGAGGGAAACUAGUUUGUGUGCACAGAAGUUUUUUGUUUUUGUGCAAUGUUAUGAAAAUGGGCAUUGUAUAUAAUUCAGAGUAAAUAGUUAUUCUUACAAGUCUGUACUUUAUUACUUAAGCUUCAGUUGAAUCACUGCUCUCGUUAUGUCUCGUGUCUUUCAAUCUUUUCUUACACAAGUAUCUGUACUUAUACACACUUAAACACAGAGUGUGAAGAAUUAAAUAGGCAGGUGUAUGUAAGAUGUGAAACACAAGGAGAUGCAGAAGUUGCGCGUCGCAUUUCACAGCACAGCCACUCGUUGCUGGUUACUAACAACAACCAUUGUCAGAGGUCAGACUUGUGUGAGCCUUUCGGUGCACCUCCUCCAAUAGUGUUUGCUUCCGUAGCUCCUUCGGUUGCCACAACAUGCCAGGUUGUUGCCAGGCAACGGUGCACUUAUAAAACAGCGUCCCGCUUUUGGAUGCAACAACAUCCCCAAGCUCUCGUCUCAGGUGAACAAGAGACCACUUCAGCAGUCAUGCGUGAAUGUAUCUCCGUCCACGUUGGCCAGGCUGGGGCUCAGAUUGGCAAUGCAUGCUGGGAGCUGUAUUGUCUGGAGCAUGGCAUCCAGCCGGACGGGCAGAUGCCCAGCGACAAGACCAUCGGAGGAGGAGAUGACUCCUUCAACACCUUCUUCAGUGAGACCGGAGCUGGCAAACACGUUCCCAGAGCAGUCUUUGUGGACUUGGAGCCCACAGUCAUCGAUGAAGUACGCACAGGAACCUACCGUCAGCUCUUCCAUCCUGAGCAGCUGAUCACUGGAAAGGAAGAUGCAGCCAACAACUACGCCCGAGGUCACUACACUAUUGGCAAGGAGAUCAUUGACCUCGUUCUGGACAGGGUUCGAAAACUGGCUGACCAAUGCACUGGACUCCAAGGUUUUCUUAUCUUCCACUCAUUUGGAGGAGGAACUGGCUCUGGCUUCACUUCUCUGCUCAUGGAACGUCUCUCGGUGGAUUAUGGCAAGAAGUCCAAACUGGAGUUUGCCAUCUAUCCGGCACCUCAGGUGUCAACGGCUGUUGUGGAGCCAUACAACUCCAUUCUGACCACACACACCACCCUGGAGCACUCCGACUGUGCUUUCAUGGUGGACAACGAAGCCAUCUACGAUAUUUGCCGUAGGAACCUGGACAUUGAGCGUCCCACCUACACCAAUCUCAACAGGCUGAUCGGUCAGAUUGUCUCCUCCAUCACCGCCUCGCUGCGCUUUGACGGCGCUCUGAAUGUGGACUUGACAGAGUUUCAGACCAACCUGGUGCCUUACCCACGCAUCCACUUCCCCUUGGCGACCUAUGCUCCCGUCAUCUCGGCAGAGAAGGCAUACCAUGAGCAGCUCUCCGUCGCAGAGAUCACCAACGCCUGUUUCGAGCCAGCCAAUCAGAUGGUGAAAUGUGACCCUCGCCAUGGCAAGUACAUGGCAUGCUGUCUGCUUUAUCGCGGUGACGUGGUGCCCAAAGAUGUCAACUCCGCCAUCGCCACCAUCAAAACUAAGCGCACCAUCCAGUUUGUGGACUGGUGUCCCACCGGCUUCAAGGUGGGUAUCAACUACCAGCCUCCAACUGUAGUCCCUGGGGGAGACCUGGCCAAGGUCCAGAGAGCCGUGUGCAUGUUGAGCAACACCACUGCUAUCGCCGAGGCAUGGGCCCGACUGGACCACAAGUUUGACCUGAUGUACGCCAAGAGGGCCUUUGUGCACUGGUACGUUGGCGAGGGGAUGGAGGAGGGAGAGUUCUCCGAAGCCAGAGAGGACAUGGCUGCCCUGGAGAAGGACUACGAGGAGGUGGGCACAGACACCAUCGGGGAUGAAGAGGAGGAAGAGGGGGAAGAGUACUAACUGUAAAUGCAACACUAUUUACUAUUUACAAUUCACUAUUUAACAUUCUCAGGCUUUUGCUCUGUCGCAUGUGAAGUGAUUCUUUGUAUUUAAAUAUUUUUCACUGUAUGAAAUAGUAACUGUUCAACUGAUGUAAAAUGCAAUACUGUAUCAUGUUUGCCCUGCUCUCCUCCGCUUGUACGAUUGCAUAACGAGAAGCUCAAAGCACAUCUCAGGUGAACCAACAAGUCUGUUGCUGGGUGACCGGCAAUUCAGACCUCACAAGAACUUUGUCGAAUGAAUUGGUUCAUUGUUGUGACUGUCUUUAUUCAACAACACAAUUUUAUAAUUGCCAAUAAAUUCUCUCAAACUA